AUGGCUAAUAUCCUACCCUCCUGUUAUGUAGUGAACUUUGACUGCCAUGCUUUGAGGAUAUCUGGCCGCUUCGAUGAAGUUCAAAGCGAGUGGAGUAAAUUUGACAAAGGGACGUCGUGGACACUCCGCAUUCUGCACUGCUCAGCGUUGGAAGUUCCCCCAAGUUUUGUGGAAUUUCAUGGUUUGCAGCAGAUCGAAGUAUACAAUUCCACAAUUGUUGAUUGGAGCGCAGACAGCACUAUCAGUAGCACAAAUCACCCCGAAAUGUCUCAAGAGUUUCCACCAGGAUUAAGGCAAAUCAACUUCUGCGAGACUAAUUUGAAAACUCUUCCUGAUGAUCUUGACUCUAAUUGGCCGAGCGGCGCGGGAAUUUACAUGGAGAACAACAAACUGACAGAAAUUCCAGCAGCACUUGCCCACUUAAGGCCAGUGUAUCUCAUGGCGAGAGGAAACCCGAUCACUCAGCUUCCAUCUGAGCUUUUCGAGGGUGUACUGAGCUAUUUAACACUCGGAGGCACGAAUCUCGCCGAACUUCCGCAAAAUGUGGCAGAACCAUCAACCGCUUUGGCCUAUUUGGACGUCACUGAUACUGAUAUCGCGUUCUUUCGGUCAUGGAUGGAGCCUCUUGUUGAGGAUAUGUUAGGGGUCACGCCUCUGCUGGCUGCUGGGGGUACUCCGUACUGCUCCGAUCUCGAUGCCAUCAUGAGUGGUUCAUCCUCCAAGUUCACUACUCCUUUUGAGACUGGCCAAUCUACACUACUCAUGAAUGCGUCAGUGGAAAACUGGGAGUAUCUCCUUCAGGCCGUGGAUUGCUCACCAUCAUACGGUCUAGCACUCUUUCCUCUCGAAUAUUGGGAUGUAAAGUAUGGUAUCCACGACAGCGAGUUCUGA